UUAUGAGCUGCAAAGAUUGAGAAAUUUGGAUUACCUUAACUUGAGAUCAAAUAGUUUCGAUAACAGUAUUUUAUCAUAUGUGGAGGGAUUUCCGUCUCUUAAAUCAUUAUAUUUAGAUUAUAAUAGAUUAGAGGGGUUAAUAGAUUUGAAAGGUUAGUUUUUUUUUUAUAUACUAUUAUUUUUAAUUCACUAUUAAAUUUAAUUUUGAAAUACACAAUUUAAUUUAUGUGGUGUAGUGAAUUAAUUAACUAUUAUUUUAUAUAAAUAUCAAGAAUCGUUGAGCAGCUUGGAGGUCUUGGGUUUGAGCGGCAAUAAUAUUGACAAAUUGGUAGCCUCAAGAGGUCCAAGCAACUUGACUACUCUAUACCUGCAUGAUAUCACAACCUAUGAAAGUAGCUUCCAGUUACUGCAAUCAUUAGGAGCAUUCCCAAGCCUCAUGACACUUUAUCUGAACAAAAAUGAUUUUAGAGGAAGAAUAUUAGGUGACGAGUUGCAAAAUUUAAGCUCAUUGAAAAGUUUGUAUAUGGACGGUUGUUCUCUAGAUGAACACUCCCUUCAAAGCCUUGGAGCAUUGCCUUCUCUAAAAAAUCUAUUAUUGCGAGCACUAAGUGGAAGUGUACCUUCUAGAGGCUUUCUUGAUCUCAAGAACUUAGAAUACUUGGAUUUGAAUUUAAAUACUCUAAAUAAUAGCAUCUUCCAAGCCAUUAGAAUGAUGACCUUUCUUAAAGCUUUGAAUUUGCAUGGCUGCAAACUAGAUGGUCGAAUACCUCUAGCCCAAGGCUUCCUUAAUCUCAAGAACUUGGAACAUUUAGAUUUGAGUUCCAAUACUCUCGAUAAUAGCAUCUUCCAAACCAUCGGCCUAUGUGACUUAAAUCAUCUCCAACAACUAUAUAUGUAUGACAAUGAUCUCAGUGGUUUCUUGCCUCCGUGUCUGGCAAAUUUGACUUCCCUUCAACAACUAGAUCUCUCUUUCAAUCACUUGAAGAUCCCUAUGUCAUUGAGCCCAUUAUACAACCUUUCAAAACUCAAGUAUUUUAUUGGUUCAGAUAAUGAAAUAUACGCAGAAGAAGAUGAUCAUAGUCUGAGCCCAAAGUUCCAGUUAGAGUCCAUCUCUUUAAGCAAUCGUGGACAAGGUGCAGGAGCAUUUCCCAAGUUCCUUUACCAUCAGUUCAGCCUGCAAUCUUUCGAUCUUACAAACAUCCAAAUAAAGGGAGAGUUUCCAAAUUGGUUGAUUGAGAACAACACACACCUACAUGAUCUUUCUUUGGAAAAUUGUUCUCUUUUGGGUCCAUUCUUGUUACCAAAGAAUUCUCAUGUGAAUUUGUCAUUUCUAAGUAUAUCCAUGAAUUACUUCCAAGGCCAAAUCCCUUUAGAAAUUGGAGCUCGUUUGCCAGGGUUAGAAGUUUUAUUUAUGUCUAGCAAUGGUUUCAAUGGAAGCAUUCCUUUCUCGUUAGGUAACAUUAGCUCGUUGAAAGGGUUAGACCUGUCCAACAACAGUUUGCAAGGGCAGAUCCCUGGAUGGAUAGGGAAUAUGUCUUCUCUUGAAUUCUUGAACUUAUCAGGGAACAAUUUCUCUGGUCGUUUACCACCUAGAUUCGACACUUCAAAUUUGAGAUAUGUUUAUUUGUCUAGAAAUAAGUUGCAAGGACCGAUCGCAAUGACAUUUUAUAACUCCUUUGAGAUGUUUGCACUAGAUCUUUCCCAUAAUAAUUUAACUGGUAGUAUUCCCAAAUGGAUUGACAGACUAUCUAACUUGAGAUUUCUACUCUUGAGUUAUAACAAUCUUGAAGGUGAAAUCCCAAUUCGAUUAUGCAGGUUGGACCAAUUAACCCUGAUUGAUCUAUCUCACAACCACUUUUCUGGUAACAUCCUCUCUUGGAUGAUAUCUAGUCAUCCUUUCCCACAACAAUACGAUUCCAAUGAUUAUCUGUCCUCAUCACAACAAUCCUUUGAGUUUACAACGAAGAAUGUGUCCCUUUCUUAUAGAGGCAGCAUUAUCCAGUACUUCACAGGAAUUGAUUUCUCAUGCAACAAUUUCAUAGGAGAGAUUCCUCCUGAAAUUGGAAACCUCAGCAUGAUCAAAGUACUGAACCUUUCGCACAACAGUUUAACGGGACCAAUUCCACCAACAUUUUCGAACUUAAAAGAAAUAGAGAGCUUGGAUCUUUCCUACAACAAAUUGGAUGGAGAAAUCCCACCUCAACUUAUUGAACUAUUUUUUUUAGAGUUUUUCAGUGUGGCACACAAUAAUCUAUCUGGCAAGACUCUUGCGAGAGUUGCACAAUUUGCCACGUUUGAAGAGAGCUGCUACAAGGACAACCCUUUUCUUUGUGGAGAACCGCUACUCAAGAUUUGCGGUGCGACUAUGCCACCGUCACCAACGCCAACUUCAACGAACAAUGAAGAUGAUGGUGGCUUCAUCGAUAUGGAGGUUUUUUAUGUGACCUUUGGGGUUGCCUACAUCAUGGUGCUGCUGGUGAUAAGUGCAAUUCUUUACAUAAAUCCAUAUUGGCGACGAGCUUGGUUUCACUUUAUUGAGGUGAGCAUCAACAAUUGCUAUUAUUUUCUGGUGGACAAUCUUCCCAUUUUAUCCAAGUUUUAAUUUUCAUGGCCUUGAUGGUACUAAGACUCGGUGCAUCGUUGUGUAUUCUAGUUUUAAGAUUUAAACAAGUUUAAAUGAAUGCUUAAGCAAUGCUGUAUUAAUUUUCAUUCGUGUUUUGUUUUGCAUUUUAGCUUUUGUGUGAUAUAAUAAUUAAAUUUCUUCA